AUGGCCCUAAAUUUCCAAGAGAUUGCUCUCCUCUCUGCCUACAUAAUAUAUUUCCUCACCGGUCUCCCUGCCAACCUCCUGGCCCUGCGGGCCUUCACAGGACGGGUCCGCCAGCCCCACCCUGCCCCCAUCCACAUCCUCCUGCUCAGCCUGACGCUGGGGGACCUCCUGCUGCUGCUGCUGCUGCCCUUCAAGAUGAUCGAGAUCGUGAACAACUUCCGCUGGCCCCUGGGAGACACACUCUGUGCCCUCACUGCGUAUGGCUUCUACAGCAGCAUCUACUACAGCACGUGGCUUCUGAUGGGCAUCAGCAUCGAGCGCUACCGCAGUGUGGCUUUCCCCGUGCAGUACAAGCAGUCCCGUCGACCCAUAUAUGGAGUGAUCGCCUCUCUGGUCUCCUGCCUCUUGUCCUUCGGACACUGUAGCAUUGUGAUCAUCGUCCACUACUUACCAGCCCAAAAGGAGGGGGUUGAUGAUGCCAUAGUCCUCCCUGCCUGCUAUGAGGACUUCUCUGAAGAGCAACUGAAAGUGUUGCUUCCUGUGCGGCUAGAGCUGUGUCUCUUCCUCUUCUUUGUCCCCAUGGUGGUCACCAUCUUCUGCUACUGGCGCUUCGUGUGGAUCAUGCUCUCUAGACCCCAAGUGGGAACACGGAAGCGCUGGAGAGCCGUGGGGCUGGCCGCCGUGACCCUCUUCAACUUCUUGGUCUGCUUUGGGCCUUAUAAUGUGUCUCAUGUGGUGGGAUUCUUCCAGAAAACAAGUGAACGGUGGCGGGUGUGCGCCGUGUUGCUCAGUGCUCUCAAUGCUUGUGUCGACCCCUUGAUUUUCUACUUCUCCUCCUCAGCUAUGCGCAAAGCCUUUGAUCAAAGGCUACGGGGUCUGCAGAGCUGGGGUGUCUUACUGUCAGGGUACUGCAGGAGGAGAACUGGGGAGCCAACUGCAGAAAGAGAUGGGAGUUUAGGUAUGGCCAAUGUCAACUUCACAGGAGACUGA